AUGGCUGAGAGACAGAAAACUAUUGAAAUUAAAAAAAAAAAAAAAAAAACAAUUUCAGACUAUCCGACGGUGAACACGGAUUUCCCAGUUAAAAGAUUUACAGCUGUCCAAUACACUCAACCAGCAGCAGCUAUUUCACCAUUGUCAAAGUCAACCAGGCAUCUUCUUGGUCCAGAGCCAGACCAACGUUAUUAUUACACUCAUCGUGCUCAACAAGAAACCAUUACUAUUGACCGUGAUAAUUUUAAACAUGGAGUUGCAGCUGCAUCAAGACCUACCCCAGCAACUAUUCGAGUUGUAACAGCACUUCUUGGGGAUCUCUGUACAAAUGAUAGGGACUGUACAAUUCCGAAUAGUGAAUGUUUUAAUGGACGGUGUGUUUGCUCCAAUGGAUUUGCUGAGACAAGCGAUCGACAAGAAUGUUUUGCAAAUUACAUGUCGGUAACGCCUUCUGAAGAUCUUCGCGCUUGUGUUUCUAAUCCAUGUCACUCAUCAGCAACUUGUAUUGACUUACCAAGUUCAACAUUUGUUUGCAUUUGUAAUUCAAAUUACACGGGUUUAUUAUGUGAUGAAGAAAUAAAUAAACGAGAAUAUGAUAUACCUUCUUUCGAUGGUAAAAGUUAUGUGAGAAUGAGUAGACUAAAAGCAUAUCAUAAAUUUAGUAUUGAAGUUGAGUUUAAAACUUAUGCUGACAACGGAAUAAUUCUAUACAACCAACAGAAGAAUGAUGGUAGUGGAGAUUUUGUUUCACUUGCUAUUGUUGAUGGAUACGUACAAUUUCGUUAUAACCUUGGAAAUGGACCAGUAAUACUAACAUCACCGGAGAGAGUUACUAUGAAAAACUUUCAUCGUAUAUCAGCUAAAAGAUAUCACAAAGAUGGUGUUUUAAUUUAUAACGACGGUGAAGAUAUUGCCGGUCAAAGUCAAGGAAUGCUUAAAUCAUUAGAUCUCAAUCAAGAUACAUUUAUUGGCAACAUACCAACAAAUUACACUAGAGUAUACGACAACAUUGGGACCAGUCACGGAUUUUUGGGUUGCAUUCGUAAGCUGAAGAUCAAUAGAUUUACAGUUGACCUUCAUAUUGGAAAAGAUAAAGAUGUUUUAGAGACAUAUCGUGUUAAGCAGUGUCAUGAUAAUGCAUGCGCUAAUUUGCCUUGUAAAAAUGGUGCUACUUGUCAGCCAAUAUUCGAAGAAGAUCUUUGCAAUAAUAGAGAAUGCAAAUCAAAUACAAAACGAAGUAAUAAAACAAAGAAGAAAAGAAAUUAUAAUGAUGGAAUUAAAUUUGUCAAAUGUAAAGGCUCUCAUUGCAGCGAUUUAAAAUCUAAACCGAAAUCAAAGAGAUCUAAAAAAUAUUCGAAAAAACGAUGCGCUACUGUGGAUUGUAAUUAUGAUUAUGAUUUAGAUUAUGACGCUUCUUAUGAACAUGAUAAUUAUGCAGUAACAACUUACGAACCACCAACGUAUAAAUGUAUUUGCCCUCCUCAAUUUACUGGACCUAAUUGUGAAGAAUCAUUAGAUCCUUGUUUAGGCGAACCCUGUCAAAAUGGAGCUACUUGUGAUAUUCUUCCACAAGGCGGAUAUGUUUGUAAAUGUCCGCCAGGAAGAACGGGAGAUCAUUGUGAAAUAUUAGAUGCCGAAUUAACUGAAUUUUUAAUUCCUCAGUUUAAUGGUGAUGGGUUCCUUGAACUUUCAUGUCUUGAAGGAGUCUCAAAAGCAUUUUCAAUUGAACUAUGGUUUCUUACGCGAGCUACAGAUGGUCUACUACUUUACAAUGGGCAACUUAACAAUGGUCGUGGAGAUUUUAUUAGUCUUAACUUAGCUAAUGGCAAAUUGGAGUUUAAAUUUAAUCUAGGCAGUGGUAUAGCUAAUAUUACAUCUCCUGAUUCCGUGAGUCUUAAUACUUGGCAUUGUGUUAGAAUCAGUAGACUUGGUAGAGAAGGACUUCUGCAGUUAGAUGAAGGCACUAUUGCACGAGGCUUUUCCGGUAGUCCUCUCACUGAAUUGAAUUUAGAGAUGCCUCUUUAUAUUGGUGGCGUUAAACAUUGGCGAGAAAUUCAUCGUCUGGAAAGUGCCUGGACUGGGCUCACAGGCGCGAUACAAAGAUUAAUGGUCAAUGGUAAGACUUACCAGAAUCUAGCAGUUAAUUUCACUCAACACAAUACUGAAAUAUAUGAUGGGUUGCCGUGUCCCGCUGAUGGCAAUCCUUGUCACAAUGGUGGAGUCUGUUUGCCGUUAUUAAAUAGUUACCUUUGUAAAUGUGCAAGCAGUUACAGUGGUCUCCAUUGUGAAUUUUUCAUGGGAUAUGAUGUAUCUGGUGGAGAAAUAGCUGAACGACCAGUAAGAUUUAACGGGGACAAUUACCUACAGUUUAAACAUCGUUAUGGCAGAAGCUCUAACAAUACUUUAACUACUAACACAUCUCUUUUGGAAUAUUAUGACGAUUCUUAUUCCGACUAUGAGUUUGACGAGGAUAAUGAUUUUGAAUAUGAAAAUUAUGACUACACUGAAUACAAAGGACAGCAAUCAAAUAAAUUUGAAUUGAGUCUACGAACCGUUAAUCCGGAUGGAAUGAUAGCAUGGAUUGGACGCGGAAAAAUAGAAAAUCUGGUACUAUCUCUACAGGAUGGAUAUGUUGUCUUCACGUACAAAGGAAAAAAAGAUGAAAUAUCUAUAAAAAGCCGAAAAAAAGUUAACGAUGGUAUUUUUCAUCACAUCAAAGCUGCUCGUCGAAGAAAGGCAACCGUAAUCCAGGUUGAUGACGAAAUUCCCAUAAAAGUUGCCACGGAAAUAUCUCUUCUAACAACCAAUGGGAAAUUAUUUGUUGGUGGGAAGCCUGGUCAUAAAGGAAUCAAGGGUUGCGUGACUGACUUUAUCGUCGAUAAAAGAAGACUACCUUUGGCAAGACGGAAGAUUGAAUUUUGCCACGAUAAUGACGUAUGAUAGUGAACUACCGAUUCUAUAGAUAUUUACAAUAUCAAAAUCCUGAUAUUUUAAAAUAA